AUGACGAAGGAACUAAACCCGUCAUGUCCGACGUGGCGAGACACGAGCCUUCCGCAGCGCCCCAAGUCCCGUCGAAUGGCCAAGGCGUGGAUCACCCAGCGCAUGCUCCACAGCACCGACGCCAUGUUCCAGCAGCAUGGAUUUCCAGCAUGGGAUGCUCCCCAGGAAGUCAUGGAUGUGUGCCACACAUCCACAGUCCGGCCGCUUCCUGAAAAGAAUAAAUUAUUCGCUUGA